AUGACGGACGCAGAUAACAUUUCUACGUUUAGUGCAGAUGGGGGGCAGGAUACUGUGGGUCUGCCCAGGAUAGUGAUGGUCACAGAAGGCUCUGAUACAUCGGCAUCUUCAGCAUCAUCCACGUCCGAGUCAGAGGACAACUGGGCCGACCUCAUCAAGUCCUCGGAGAUACCACCAGAGUACUGGCAUAUACAAAAACUGGUAAAGUACAUGAAAGCAGGAAACCAAACCGCGACGAUGGUAGCUCUGUCCUGCUUGAAAGACCACGACCUGACGAUAGAGGUCAAUCAAAGAGCUAUUCAAGAGAUAGGCGGUCUAGAGCUUUUAGUGAAUUUGCUGGAAACGAGAGAUCUGUGUUGUAUCUUAGGUGGACUGGCUGUUCUGAAAGAUAUAACCCCGAAUAUUGAAAUAAGGAAGAAAGUAACAGAUUUGGGAGCGAUCCCUUUGUUGGUGGGAUUGUUGUCUGAUCCAGCACGGGACGUGCAAAUCCUGGCGGCAGAAACAAUUGCUAAUUUAGGGCGAAUCCGUAAAAGUAGGAAGUUUUGCAGAAAAUUUGGAGGGAUUCCCAAACUGAUCGAUUUAUUGGACAUAAAGGAACGGUACUUAGUGUCUCCGCGUGAGGAGCUAAAUCAAGAUGAGUUACAGUUUCUAGAUAUAGCUCGUGCUGGAGCUAAAGCAUUAUGGUCAAUGUCAUCCUCACAAAGGAACCGCGAGGCAAUGCGGAAGUACGGCAUGAUACCUCUUAUAGCCAAAAUGCUCAAAACUAUUCAUCUAGACGUGGCUGUUCCGGCAGUUGGACUUCUUCAAAUGUGCGCGAAUGAAACGUCAUUCCAACUGGCUAUACAAACGGAGAAAAUGGUCACCGACUUGAUAACGCACUUGGCCAACGAUGACAAAGAUCUGAAGACUUACUGUAGUUUGGCGAUUUACAAAUGCGCAAGCGAUUCUAUUACGAGGGAUAUGAUUCGUGAAGCUGGAGGUUUGGAGCUGUUGGUAGAGGCCGCGCAAGAUAGCACCAAUAGACCUAAUAAACCUUUGUUGGCGGCGGUUACUGGAGCUCUAUGGAAAUGUGCCAACAGCGAUGCUAGUGUAAAAAGGCUGGACAGCCUUGGAGCAGUCCCUAUACUGGUCAGAUUGUUGGAUGACGAAAACGAUGGCGUAUUGACCAACGUCGCCGGGGCACUCGCAGAGUGUGCUAAAUAUCCACCGAAUCGUGAUAAAAUUAGAUCUGCUGGUGGCAUUCCAAUGCUAAUUCAUCAUCUAAACAACACUUACAAGCCAUUGCUGGAGAACGUGCCUCUGGUGUUAAUGGAAUGCGCUAAAGAACAGUUUUGCAUGAACGAAAUAGACGAAUUGGACGGUGUGAGGCUUGUUUGGUCUUUGCUGAAGAACGACUCGAAGAAAGUUCAGACAAACGCCGCUUUGGCUUUGAGCCCUUGUGUGCAAAAUGCCGCAGAUUCCGGGGAGAUGGUCAGAUCCUUCGUAGGCGCCUUGGAGUUGACCGUGGACCUACUGGACUCCGACGACCAUAACGUUUUGUCGGCAGUUUGCGCUGCAAUCGCAACCAUUGCAAGAGACCACGAGAAUUUGGCGGUCAUAUCCGAUCACGGUGUUGUGGGUAAACUUUCGAAACUCGUGAGCACAACAGAUGAUCACCUGAGAGCGAAUCUGGGCGUGGCAAUAGCGUACUGCUGCGACUGGGCACAGAACAGGCAGGAGUUUGGCAAGCGAGGCGCCAUCACGCCGCUGGUCAACUACAUGACGUCACGGGACCCCAACGUGCACAGGGCGACGGCACUGGCUCUCUACCACCUGUCCUUCUACUCCAUCAACUGUGUCACCAUGCAUGCUGCUGGUGUAGUGCAGUUCCUGCUGGAAACCAUUGGGUCCAAAGAUCCGAUCCUACAGGAGGCGUCAGCAGGCUGCCUCUGCAAUAUCCGCAAGUUGGCGCUCGCCACGGAGAAAAUUAAACUGAAGCAAUAAUGUGAAUUUAUUUAUAUUAAAGUAGUUGG